AUGGCUCCAGGUAGUUUACCUCCUCAUGAGUUGAAACUGAAGCUAGGAGCACCCAUUAUGUUACUGAGGAAUGUUAGUGACAAGAAUGAUACUUGUCUUAUCAUAAAGAAGUUAUUUCCAAAUUGUGUCGAUGCAGUGAUCCUUAGUGAGAAUUCAGCAGGUAAAAUAGUAUUCCUCCAUAGGAUGCCAAUGAGCCCGCUAGAGAAUCUUGAGAUGCCGUUUAAGAUGAUUCUGAAGCAAUUCCCAACACGUAUGUGCUUUGCAUUCACUAUCAACAAAGCACAAGGAAAAACAAUUGAAAACACUGGUAUUUAUCUUCCCGAGCAUGUCCCCAGUCAUGGACAAGUGUAUGUUGAGAUUUCAAGGGGUGUUUCCAGCAACAACACUAAGGUGUUAAUCAAGAAAGGAGGCGUUGCUCAUAAAGUUGGAGCGGUCACCAAGAACGUUGUGUACAAGGAAGUUCUUACGUCGUCCUAG